AUGAAUCGUGAGUAUUCUCUAGUUACAGAUGCAUGGAUGAGGGAAGCACAAGAGGCAACAAAGUUGGUGGAGGACAUAGAAAGCAGAAUAAAGAACAAAGACUUAGCUGAAGAAAGUACGCUUAGAGACCCUGCUCAAAAGAAGCUUAUUGAAGCUGGAGUCAAGCUUGAUCGCCUUGAAUCACUCCUUCAUAACCCACAUUCAAAGCCUAUCUUGUAUGUUCCAUCUCUUUCACAUCUUGCCCCUACGAGUAAGUGCUUUUACAGAACUAGAGAAGAUUUGGAAUUUCGAUGGAAAAUGCUAUCCGAUUUACAGCUAAGAACAAGAGCACUGGCUCUCAGUCUCUACACGUUAACAAAGAGGACAGGAGGUUUACUGGCUUCAACCAGUGGAACCAAUGGAACAACCAACAGCCAUCGUGAUCAAGCACUUACCGGUGACCCAAACUCAGAUUUGGUAGAUCAGAGAAGGAAGUUGCUCUCCAACGUCGACCCAGAGCUUCUCAUACCUCUAUCUUCAGAGGAUGCAACUCUAGAUCAAGUGCAGUUUAAUCAAGAAGGUGUGCUGGACAUUUUGUUUGAUUCUUGGAGCAGCUGCACUGCUAUUCAUCUUGGUUAUCCUUUGUGCAGUUAUAUAAUCUACAUACUCUGGCCAGUGAAUCGAGUGGCUCUUUUAUGGGACAUGGAAUGUAUAGUUACAUCAAUAGAAAUAGGAAAGUUUGUGUCGUUUAUUGAAACUUCAGUCUUUGUGAAUGCUGUUAAUCGUUCCUAUGCCUUUGAGAAGCAUGGUAGGCAUAUGUCAAAAGGAAAUGCUGUGAAGACUAGUCUCGUAAGCGAGAUUGUGAAUUUGAGAAGGACCACGCCUUAA